AAAUGCAAGCGCUACAUUCGAGAGUGAUGCAAAAGGACGCCAAAGUCGAUGGCAUGCUCACUGACAUGCAGACACAGACAUUCUACGACAACUACCGUGAAUGGAGUACACAGGGACGCAGCGAGCAAGACAUAACCGCCGCACUCUCUAAUGA